GUUCCGGAUAAUGUUGACAAUCUUCUCAGGAACUCCGUAGUGUCGAAGAAGUUUCCAUAAUGUUCUCCUAUCUACACUGUCAAAUGCCUUCUCAUAAUCAAUGAAGUUGAUGUAGAGUGACGAGUUCCACUCAAUUGAUUGUUCGACGAUGAUCCGUAGUGUCGCAAUCUGGUCUGUGCACGACCGGUCCUUACGGAAUCCAGCUUGUUGAUCUCGAAGUUGAGCGUCUACUGCGUCUUUCAUCCUGUUCAGUAACACUCUGUUGAAGACUUUACCCGGUAUUGACAGUAGUGUAAUGCCUCUGUAGUUUUCACACUUGCUCAGAUCUCCUUUCUUUGGAAUCUUGAUGAGGUGUCCUUCUUUCCAGUACAUCGGCACUCGUUCCUCCUCCUAAAUCUUUUUGAAUAGAAGGUGAAGCAUGCUUGUAGUUACUUCGAUGUCUGACUUCAACGCUUCAGCUGGUAUAUUGUCAGGUCCUGCUGCUUUCGCGCUCUUGAUUUGUCUGAUGGCCAUUCUGAUUUCUUCCGUCGUUGGUGGAUUGGCAUCUAUAGGAAGAUCUGUGUGCUGCUUCGAUGUCCGGUGGGUUCGUUGGAGCCGGCCUAUUCAGGAGUUCCUCGAAGUACUUUACCCAUCUGUUCUACUGUUGUUGAAUUUCAGUGAUUGGUCUUCCUUCUUUGUCUUUGAUCAAUCCAUCUGGUUUCCUAUUAUCUCCCUUCUCGUUUCUUCGUUGUAUCGUAAAGCUGUUUCAUAUUUCCUUCACUUGAAGCUUUUUCCGCCGUCGUUGCUAGUUCUUCCACGUAUUUCUGCUUGCCGGUUCUAAUGCUCUUCUUCACUAGCUUGUUCGUUUCUAUGUGCUCAGCUUGUGCUUGAACCUUCUCUGUUCGUGUUCGGCUGUUAUUAAUUGCCGUCUUCUUGUUCUUCCUUUCUUUG